CAUGUGGAACAGCAAGAUGGCGGCGCGGUGGAGGGGGGAAGACGGGGAUUUUAAUGCCGACAACAGCGACUUUCUGGCCGGCAACACGCCCAAUGAGUUGGUCCUGAUCAGAGGUGAUGUUGAUGAUGUGGAGAUGGACACUCAGUCCUGUACUGAUCACUCCAUCCUGUCCAUUUUUGAGGACUCCACUGUCACCUCAGAGGGUAAGAGUGCAACGGAGGAGGAGAGUGAGACCCUGCUGUCUGCUCUGACUGAAAUGCUGGACAGUGUGGAGACUGACGACGGGACUCUGUCUCCUUUUGAUAUUCUGCCAGACACCAAACUCCUCACCCACCUGGAGUACAGGGACAAGUCAGCGGCAACAUCACUUGCUGACAGACCAAGACCCAAAUCACCAAGUGUGACAUUCACAAAAAAGGAAGACGAGAACAAAACGGAGAGAAAGACCCUCCCACAGCUGUUCACACAACAAAGUCCAACAUUGUUUCACUCCAAAACUAAGAAAGCAGAGAAGGAAGUCGAGGUCUUCACCUCAACGUCUCUCGUCAACCUGGUUAAGCUCAUGCACCCCUACUGUCUGAAGCUGCAUGUGGAGGAGGGAGAUAAACCCAGGAAAAGCCACGCGUUAUUCUCUCAGGAAGAGGUGUGGAGGUAUGAGAGGCCCACUGAAGAGAGCGAUGAAGAGAUAAAUGUUGUAUCUGAUGAUGAGGAACCUAUGAAAGAGACAAAGGGGAAAGAAGAGGGUGAUGAAAAAAGAGAUGAUGGGAAACUCCUGAAGAGCGUGUUGCUGAAUGGAAACUCACCCAGAGCGCCGAUAUCCAGAGAGAAGAAAAGCGUGAGCUUCGGCCCCGUUCAAGUGGCUUCAUUUAACGAAUCGGUGGAAGAGGGAUUGAACGAGAAAAAUCUAACGAGUGGACACACAAGUGAGACUGUGUCAGUUCCACUAAACAGCACAGAAGCACUUGGACAUCCAUCUGGGGCAGCACUUGAACCCCAGACGACGUCGUCCUCAGAAAUGAACAGGGCUAAUGUUCGGCCACCCAAAGGUGAGACAAAGGCCAAAUCACUCAGCCUCCAACAGUACAGACAGCUGCGCCAGAAGAGACAGCCCCUCGUGGAGAAACAGCGGAACUACACAACCAAGUGGCCCUCCGUUUCUGAGCCCCCCAAGGAGUUACCCCCCAUCCUCUGUUUACAGGGACAAAGAUGUGGACCAAAGACAGAACACCACUAUCUAGACUCUACCAGAAUCGGUGCUGAUCGUCUCCAUAAACCUGGGCAUAGGACUUUAUCCCGUCGUGCCUCUCUGCUCCCGAGGCAUAGCCCCACAGAGGCAAAGCCAUCUGCUCAUCUACGUCCCUGCGGAUUAAAGCGCCCAAGACCUGAAUCCAAAACCAUCUCACCCGCUAGUCCACUGCCAGACUUCACCACUAACCCAAAUCUUAAUGUUCCUGGGAACGUAAGAAGUCCAGUAAAGAAACUAACAUUGCUCAGUAGUGAUCCCCCAAAUCCUGUCCUCGUCCCCCUGCCAGUUAGCGAAACAACAUCACAGUCCACUGCCCACACUUCAUCAGAGUCCAAAGUGGAGUCCCUUAACGAAGACUCAAACCUCCAGAGCACCACUCUAAUCCAAACUGAAUCCUCAGCAGCCUUUCUUCAAAGACAGCCAUCCUCCUCAGAGCCAAAGCCCCAGCUGUUGUUAGUAAACCAGGACAGCACCACUCAGCUUCAGGAAGAUAAAAACAUGUUUACCCAGAUAGCUUCAGAUGUCUCCUCUAGAUCUCCAGAACUGUGUCCUCCCACAACACAAACUGAAUCUGCCUCAGAGUGCAAUAAACUAGAGCCUCAAAAAUACAGUCUGUGCCCAACAAAAGAAACUGAGCUGGAACCAAACACUCCUCAGUCACCGGGUCCAGAUCCUGCGAGGCAAGUAAAGUGUCCUUCCUCCUCGCCAUACUCUUCUCAGUCACCUUCUCCUGUAAAUGCUGUCGUACCAGUAAAGGAGGAGGUGUUAUCAGAGGGUCCCUCGAGUGUUUCUCCUGAGGAACCAAAACUCAUGCUUCAGGUUGGCUGUUCAGCAUCCGUCUCAGGAAUUGAAGCCCCUGAUCUGACCAGCCUGCUGGAACAGUUUGAGGAAACACAAGCUAAAGAGGGGAGAGACUGUGAAAACGAGUCCAGUCUCCUUAGUGCUACUCCACCUUCGAACCUACAAACAGAUGGACACUUGAAGCUGGACAGAAAUCAGCCUGUAGGAUCAGAAAAGACCUCCAGACUACCACUGACCCCCUCUGUGGAAGCACUUGAACCUUUAAGCGUUUCUAAAACACCCGGGACUCUGAAAGCUCUCAGGAAUCUGCCACAACUCCAAACGAUGGAGCGUAUGGACAUCCCCGAGCCCCUCGGCACUGAAAUCAUCCUCAGCACUCAGCAACAGCAGCCUGCAAGACGCAAAAAUCCUCCAUCCAAGGCCAUUCAGAUCAUCGACCCCCGUCCCCUACCGUCCAGAAAGACUCACAUUAGCACUUCAGAGCCCCCCGCUGCUCAGACCUCUCCUCACACGUAUUCAUCUGUAUCCUCGGAUCAUGAUUACUGCGGGCCUGUGGAUCAAACACUUACAAGUGCUGCUCAGCGGAGCAGAGCUAAGCCCUCUUUACACAAGGACACUUCUAAAAUUCCUAAUGAACUGGAGGUGACUACUCUCGACCCAAGUGCUGCUGCUGAAUGGAAAACACAGACCUCGACUGGACAGACGAAGUCUCACUCUGAGCAACCCAGGACCAGAUCAGAGCCAAACCCUGACAAAGCUCUGCGGUUUUCAGGCUGCAGUGCUGCCGCAGGCGAUGGCGGUGCAAGUGAGGUCAAGACUCCCCCGUGCAUUCUCCCUACACCUCCACCCAGCCCUCCCGUCAGAGGGAGGGAGAAGAGAAGAUAUAGGAGAAGAUCCCCUCACUCUGACUCCAGCUCCAGCUCUCGCUGCUCCUCCUCAUCAUCCUCCUCCUCCAGCUCUGCGUCUCGCUCUCCUAAAAGACAGAAGCUUCAUCGCCAACGUUCAGAGAGCAGUUCAUGUUCGUCGUCCCCCUGCCGCUCCAUUUCCCGCUCCAUGUCCCGCUCCCCACCUCGGCACUACAGGCUGUCCUACGCUAGAUCAAGAUGCAGCAGGUCAAGAUCCAGAUCUUGGUCCCGGUCCAGGUCCCCAUCCAGAUCCCGAUCACCAUCCCCACGUAUUUGCCACAGGCAGUGGAAUAAUAUUUACAGCAGCAGAGAGUCCAGGAGGCUGAGGAGAGAACACGAGAUGAGGAUUCAGAAACUUAAAGCCAUCGAUGAGCGCAGGGUGGUGUACGUCGGCCGCAUCCGCAGGUCUAUGACACACGAUGAGCUGAGAGAACGCUUCUCUCAGUUCGGAGAAGUGGAAUGUGUUUCGCUCCACUUCAGAGACAGAGGCGACCACUACGGUUUUGUCACAUUCUACACCAUGGAAGAUGCUUUCGCGGCCAUCGAUAACGGCGGCAAACUACGGAAGCCUGACGAGCUGCCGUUUGACAUCUGCUUCGGUGGUAGAAGACAGUUCUGCAAUUCAAACUACUCUGAUCUAGACGCAAACAGAGAUGCAGACCCGUCUCCUGCCAACAACAGGUUCGAGGACCUCGACUUUGAUUCGUUGCUGAAACAGGCCCAGAGAGGAUUAAAGAGGUAGCGGAGCACCGAGCUGGAUGUGGCAGCGACGAAAAGAACACUUCACAAACCUCAGAGCAUUUCGCUCGCACUUAUGUAGCAAACAUUUGUAUGUUAGUGUUUUUUCUUUUCAUGUUUUGACUCUAAAUACGCAUGCAGUUUUUAUGUGUGCAGUAAUUAUAAACAAAUAUGUAGCACUCUUAAUUUGAAAACAUUUAUUAAUGGAACUGGCUAAAGAUUUCUGUUGCAUUCCAUAACACUGAUAAAGUUUUGUAUAUGUAAAAAAAUAAAUAAAAAUAAAGGCUGUUCAUUGUGUUUCCUGA